UUUGUAGGAAGAGGGGGGUCGAGUUGGGCUCAACAUGAACCUGCCGCUCUGACACUCCGGGCUGGGACAAGCAGGCAGCAGCCGGCCGGCCGCCCCCAAAGCAGCAGUCGCACAGGGGAACCUGCCUGGAGCGCUUUGAACAUCUGCAACAAGAUUUUACCUGGGUGCUGAAGCGCUCAUGGCUGUUGCUUAUAGUGCUGUAACCCAACCGGGCCUGCUUUCCCAGCAGUAUCCCCCGCCCCUGCUGCCUAAACCUGGAAAAGACAAUGUUCGUCUUCAGAAGCUCCUCAAGAGAACCGCCAAGAAAAAGGCCUCCGCUCAAGCGUCACAGUCCGCAGCACCUUUCCGCUCCAGCCUUUCCCCUGUGAAUGAAGCAAGCCCUGACCUUGAGCACAGUGACCACUCCACCCCUCCCCGCACUCCUGAGACACCAUUCAACCUCUACAGCAUCCAGCAGCCUCCACGGUUCACCGUCAGGCCGCUGUAUCAACACGUGGCAUCUCCUUACCCACACCGUGCAACCUAUGGCAGAGCAACAAGGUUCUCGCCUCAGACAGUGGGAAUCCCGUCAUACUCCUACUCGCAGCAUGUCACCACAGUUUCUACAUAUUCUUCAUCAGCCUACCAUACUGGAGUCUCACCAGCUCUGGGCCCAGUCGCCCAGCCAGCGGUACCUAAAAUAUCCAUGCCAGCAUCUUCUGUUUCUGAGACAGUACCAGCUACUGACGUGACAAAGCCAGCUUUUAGCACAUCUGCUGAAACUCAUGCUGGUCCAAGACCCACUGUAGCUGUAGCAACUCCACAGCCAAAAGCCACAAGUCUGGGUCCAACUCCGUAUACAGCAGCAGGAGGUCAAGCUGUGAUUCGACCUCUCACUGUGUUGACCCCGCUUGUCAAAUCCAAAAGCCCUCGUCCAACAUUCAAAGCGACUGAACCUUCAAGGUCACCCAAACCGAUGUUUGAUGUCCCUCAAAUUAGGAUGUACACUGCGAGCACAUCGUACUACGAGACAUCCAGGACCCCGCCGGUGUACGACACAGCUGAACUAACUGCUAUUGGUGGCACAGUACCUCCAAAUAAAAUACCAGCAGAAACAAAACAAGAUCUGACUCCAGUGUCUGAGGUCAGAAGAGGUAUGACACAGACGGGUCAACCUCCUUUAUUGGGCACAGAUCCCCAAAGAAGAACACCAACUUCAGAAAUUAAAAGAGGCACUACGCCAACAGCAGAGAUCAGUAGAGUCGUAACUCCUACCUCUGAAAUCAAAAGAACAACCCCAACAUCUGAAAUCAAAAGGGCUACUCCAACGGCUGAACUCAAAAGAGCUACUCCAACGCCUGAAAUCAAAAGAGCUACUCCUACGGCUGAAAUCAAAAGAGCUACUCCAACGCCUGAAAUCAAAAGAGCUACUCCUACGGCUGAAAUCAAAAGAGCUACUCCUACGGCUGAAAUCAAAAGAGCUACUCCUACGGCUGAAAUCAAAAGAACUACUCCUACGGUUGAAAUCAAAAGAGCUACUCCAACAUCUGAAAUCAGAGUUAAAACACCAACUUAUGAGUUCCAAUCAUCAAGAACUUCGGCAGGACGGCCUAAAACUCCAGCAUACCAUGUGACCCGGGCUCCAACACCUGUCUUUGAAAUCUCAAGGCCCAAUCCUCUCUUGUUUGCAGUGUCACCAAUUACAGUAGAGCCAGAGAGGCCAAGAACAUGCAAAACGUCUUCUGCUGUGAGCAAUUCAUCCACUUCCCAAAGUGUGAUGACAACUGAGCCUAAGCCUGCUGAAACAAUAACGAAUGGGGACAUUAGUUCAGACGUGACACCUGCAGCUAAACCAAUCCAACAAAGUUUAACAAAGUCAAAAUCAGAGCCUGCUUUGACAAGAGAAAAGACCCCAACUGCUCCAGCUGGAUCUCAAAGACCUAAAACUCCUCCAUCUGAGCCAGCAACACCAGCAGUGACUUCUUAUGGCUAUCAGAGGCCUAAGACUCCAACAUAUGAGGCAUCUCGACUUAUGUCCACAUCACCUGGCUAUAAAAGACCAAGGACACCUACUGGUGUAUCACCUGUAGCCUUUCAGAGACCUAAAACUCCAAGUCAAGUGGCUCAAAAGUCAAAGUCUGGCUAUCGUGGAUUGACACCUUCUGAAUAUGCUGCUUACGGUGGAAUCAAAACUUACACUCCAGCAUUUGGUAUCUCGGGUUCUAAGGCAGCAACUCAAGAGGAGGUUACAAAAGAUGGUUCAGCGGAAUCCCAAAGUAAAACACCAAGCCAAGAACCAUCUGUGAAAGCACCUUCAACAGCUGAAGUGUCUAAGGUCAAAGAAACCCCAAAAGAUGUAGAUAAACCAAAUCUGAGAGAUGAGAAGGUUUCCUCCACCCCCUCAAUCCCUAUUAUUGUUGUUUCACAAGCAUCUGACGCCUCAGGAACAACGAUAACACAAGAGACAAGUACCGUAACCAGUCAGGUUACAGUAAAACAAGAAAAAACAGUAAUUCAAGAAACACCAAAGGCUAAACCUCCACCAGCAGAGGUGAAGACUCCUGAGAAACAGAAGGUGGAAACACCAAUUCAGGAAGUCAUCAAGCCAAAGACAAAAACUCCUGAAGCCAAACAUCCUCUGCCCAAAGGUGGUGACCAAGAUCCUCUGAAGGCAGUAAGGAAACUGUUAGGCAAGGAUAAAGUUCAGACUGCCGAGCAGAAAGCUGGAACUGGGACAAAAGUUAAAGUCUCAGAGCAAAAAGAGCCAGCGAAGCCUGUAACUACCACCAGGACUCAAGCUGAAGGCUCAAAGCCAGCACCUGCUCUGCUUACUAAAGUACCUGCUGCUGAAUCAGCAGAAAGUGAAGACAAAGGAAAAGAUAAGAAAGCAGAAGCCGCAGUUAAACCUGCAUCUGAGAAAAAGGAAGGCGACGAGUCCCUCCCAGCAGCUGAGCCCCUUCUUAAAGUCAUACAAAAGCCGAAGGGAGUGAAAUCAAAAGUGAGUGGUUGGUCCCGACUUAAAAAGCACAUGGUAGUGGAGCAGGAGGAGCCCAAAUUUCCAGAAGAUGGCUCUCCGAAGGAGACCACUGGGCAGGACCAGAACGAGGUGAAAAAGGCUGAUGAGAAGGCCGACGACAAGUCUGGCACUCAGGAUGAGAACCAAACCAAAGACACUCCCAAGGCGACAAAGAUGUGGGACGCUGUCCUCUUCCAAAUGUUUUCCACUAAAGAGAACAUCAUGCACCAGAUCGAGUUGAAUAAAAGCGAGGAGGAGAAGAAGGAACAGGCGAAGGAUGAGCUCAACGAGAUACCGUCAUUUGCGUACCGGCUGCCUGUGCUGCUUUUUAGCCCAAGGUUUGACGCUAAAAAGCUUAAAGAGGCGGCAUCGAGGCCGGUGACAAAAAUUUCUACUGUGUUUGAAAUGGGUCUGAUUGGGCGGAAAGGUAAAGAAGAGGAACAAAAAGACUUUAAUAGAACAGCAAGGGGGUUCACUGCUACUUAAGCUACAUCUAAUGUGAAACGCCAAGUAGGAAAUGUAAAGAAAAAAGUUAAUGUUUAAUGUACAGGUGCAGAAAUCUUAGCAAUAGAAAUAAUGUACAGGUCUGGAGUCUUAUAGUCUUUGUGUUAAACGAAUGAUGUUUGUGGCAGUGUUGUAGAAAAUUCGGCCUUAACUUUAUACUUGACAAAUGCUUUGUGUUGCAUUCGUGUGACUGGUUGUCUGGAUGUUAAAUGUUUGUAUUUGUGGAUUAGCUGGGAAGAGAGAACGACAUUUGUCUUAAAGUCAUUCAGACAUCACAUCAGAUUAAAGCCUUUAUGUUUUAAGUAA